AUGGGCCCGGAUACGCCGCUACCUCUACCCGCCGAGUUCAGCGACUGCGACGAAUAUGUCGAGUCACUGUUAAAAUUUACCACUUCCUCAUGGCUUCUUCAAACGCUCUGUGGAGGUGUUCACAUCCUAGACUUCUACACAAGAGAGCCUGACCUUUACUCCACUAUCCUGCCCCAAUCUUGGCGAGACUGGUUCAAGACACGGGAUAUCAUGGAUAUAAUAGAUUUGCUCAUGAGAGAAGAUCUUGGCCAAUUCGAUGAUCAGAUUGAAGGAAACCCCAAGGUUUGGCGAGUUGGGCCAAUUCCUCCAGCAGAUCUCCUAGAUUAUAUAAAGCAAGUGCGCAAACACCUCUUGUGUCGGGACUUUCCACCUCCCAACUCCGCUCUCAAGCCGGAGAAGACUGCCAUACCACGUCAUAUUGCCACUGGUAUGAAAGUCAAGAAAGUCCACGAAGUCGAUAACUUUGCGCGCUAUAUUGAUCGGCUGAGUUCUGAGAUAGCUGCAUCCAGCAACAAGCCCAUCACCCAUCUGGUCGAUUUCGGCUCCGGACAAAACUAUCUUGGACGUGCGCUUGCUGCUACACCAUACUCCAAGCACAUUGUGGCUGUGGAGAGUGCUCAGCAUAAUAUAGAUGGAGCGAAAAAUAUGGAUGUCAUGGCCAAGCUUGUCGAAAAGCCAUUGGUAAUGAGGAAUAAGAAAGAGUAUCGAGCCAAGAUGGGCAAAGGAAAGGGGAGCAAGAAGAAUGAAGUCAAUGGGAUCUCAUCCGAGCCAAAGGCAGAAGCACCAAGAGAGCAUCCCCUUGAAACUCCAAUCACUAGAUCUGAGGGUGACAAGCAUAGCAAUUCGUCCGACGUCACUUCGUCACUGCCUCCAGAGAGCGCCACAUGCGAUGACGAUGGUUGCACAGUAUCAACACCUACUUCUGAAGGACUGAUACCGCAAAACAAGGCGCCAAAAUACAAACCAAAAUACAGCAAGACACCCCAUCUGACUGAUACCACCGGCACAACGACAACCACUACACUCCAAGUCUACAACGAAGGCCAAGGAUCUGUCCAGUACGUCCAACAUGUAAUCCGCAACGGCGACCUGACCCCCGUGAUUGAGCAAGUCCUCGACCCCUCUUCCAUUACCAAAGACAACGCGGCCACCACCUCUGCUGCCGUAGCCGAGCCUGCAGACCUCACCACCGUCCCAAAGCCCAGCAACGUAAACGCAAUGGUCAUCGUCUCGGCCCCCCAACCUACAAACUCCCCACCCUUCGCCCAAACCACCCCCGCCUAG